UUUUCUUUCUUGUUCUUUCUAAUAGCUGCUUAUAAUUAACUUUUGUAUCUGGGUGGUUUUGUUGAUUUGGAUGACAUUUGGUGAUGCUUUGUUUGAUUAGUUGCUUCGGGUUUGGCUGGCUUUGCGCGGGUACACUCAGCUCACUUUAACUGACUGGCCAUUCUUGUUUUCCAGGAGUGAAAUUUAUGCCCCUUGACUAAGGUUCUUUGAAAAUUUCAUAAAAGAUAAUUUAAAAAAAAAGAACAUGCUGGGUGAAAAUUGCCGCUCUUCCUCCUCUUCUUGUCCCUCUCCUCCACAGUCAAGUUCCUUCAGUUGCAGUACUCCUGACAGUGGGCUGCUACAAAAUGCAUCACCUAGGCUGUCCUCCCAAUUAAUUCCUUUGAAGAGGUCCGUACUACGCCAAAGUUCACCAUUUCCGGGCUCUGAGAAAGCACCAAAUUGUCUUUCCAUCAUAGCAAUUCCUUCCAAUAACACUACAACGUUAAAGUCAUCUGUAGAACUGAGGAAGGAGAUUGCUACACUUGAAGCUGAAAUUUUGUGCUUGGAACGCUAUCUUCUUUCACUUUAUCGGACAGCUUUUGAAGAGCAUCUACCGACAUUAUCAAAUAUUACUGGGACCUAUUUACAGUUGCAGGCAGGAUCUCCAUCACAAAUUGUACCAAAUCAAUCUUAUUGUAAAUUGGAGCCAGAAAUCCAGAAGAAUGUUUUUCCCCAUCAUAGCCACGCUUCUCCUGGACAUGAUUCAUUCACUUCAGAUAAUGGCAACUCUGCAGCUUUCUUGAAAGCAGCUUCUACAAGGGAUGAUAAAGGAAAAGGUUCUCGUCAUCGCAGCCUCGCUGAUCACCUUGGUGCUUCUCGUUUGGAGAACUACCUUAAUGCUCCAGAAAGACUCUCUGAAGAUAUCGUGAGAUGCAUAUCUUCUAUAUACUGCAAGCUCGCGAGUGCCCCUCACAGCAACGCUGGCUUGUCAGCUUCCCCCACUUCGUCCCUGUCUUCCUCAAGCAUUUUUUCCUCCAAGAAUCCUUGUGAUAGUUGGAGUCCAAAUUACUACGAGGAUGCCUCUGUAUAUAAAGGGUCGAAAGAAGAGAGAGGGCCACAUGCUGCAAUUGUAGAAGUAUUGAAGAUAUAUUUAGAUGAGGAUAGUUUCAAUUAUGCCGCCGAAAUGCUACAAAAUUUCAGGUCAUUGGUUCGAAGUCUUGAGAAGGUUGAUCCAACGAAGAUGAAGCGGGAAGAGAAGCUUUCAUUCUGGAUCAACAUUCACAAUGCCUUGGUGAUGCAUGCAUAUUUAGCACAUGGAACUAGUAAUCGGUUAAAGAAUACCUCCAUUUUAAAGUCAGCAUACAAUGUGGGUGGACAUUGUGUGGAUGCAUAUAUCAUACAAAGCUCAAUUCUUGGAAUUCGAUCACACCACUCAGCGCCAGUGCAGAGGCUACAAUCACUGUUUUCUCCAGGAAGGAAAUUUAAGACAGGCAACAACAGGCAUGUAUAUGCCUUAGAAUAUCCAGAGCCGCUUGCUCAUUUUGCCCUUUGUUCAGGGGCUUCCUCUGAUCCUGUGGUUCGAGUUUACACUGCUAAGAGUAUAUUUCAUGAUCUCAAACUUGCUUUCAAAGAUUUCGUUCAAUCCAACUUGUACAUCCACAAGGAAUCAAAGAUUUACCUCCCAAAAAUUGUAUACUACUUUGCAAAGGAUAUGUCAUUAGAUGUGUCAGGCGUCUUGGAUUUAAUAACAGAUAUUGUAUCAGAAGUGCAACAGAAUGCUAUCAGAAAAUGUGUCAAGGGAAGGUACGGGAAAAGUAUUGAUUGGCUGCCACAAAGUUCAACCUUUCGGUAUCUCAUUCAUAGAGAAUUAGCCGAAGGGGGAUGACCAUAUCAUCAAAUUUUUUGGGGUCUGAAACUAUGUAGGAUAAAUUACAAACAAGUCUGCUUGUUUAUUUUGUCUGAUAAGAGGAUUGUAUGAGAAAUAGCAAGUUAAAUAUUAUGCUUCUUGCAGAAUUCAGAGAGUGGUUUUAUGUAGUUGUACAGGCUUUUAUCUGAUUUAUGUGUAAAAUCUUAUGAGGGUUUUUCCAGCUA